CAGAAACAGCUGAGUUCCCACAGACCUGCUCCCACAUCCAAAGGUUAGAUAAUAAAAAUCAACAUGGCAUUUAAAUUUGUGGCCCGAUCCUGCAACUCCCUGCUGCAGCAUGCCACACGACGUUCUCAUCUCACAUUGACAUGGAGCCGAACAUUAUCCCAUUAUCCAGUAAACGAUGCUCUAUUCGGCCUGGAUGAGGAGCGCCAGAAGCUGCGCGAGAUCGCUUUUAAUUUCUUUCAAAAGGAGAUAGCUCCACAGGCGAAGGAGAUAGACAAACUGGAUAAUUUCAAGGAUAUGCGUCCGUUUUGGCAGAAACUUGGUGAAUUGGGUUUUUUGGGUAUCACAGCGGAACCAGAAUAUGGCGGAACAGGUGGCACCUAUUUGGAUCACUGCAUCAUUCUAGAGGAAUUUUCACGUGCUGCUGGAGGAGUGGCUCUGUCAUAUGGUGCUCACUCUAAUCUGUGCAUUAAUCAGCUAACCAAAAAUGGUACGCCCGAACAAAAGGCAAAGUAUUUGCCCAAAUUGUGCAGCGGAGAACAUAUUGGUGGCCUGGCCAUGUCUGAGCCUGGAGCUGGCUCUGAUGUUGUGUCGAUGAAAUUGCGUGCCGAACGUAAAGGCGAUUAUUAUGUGCUGAAUGGAACAAAGUUUUGGAUUACAAAUGGUUCCGAUGCGGAUACAUUGAUUGUUUAUGCCCGAACAGGACCCAGUGAUGCACCAGGGCAUGGCAUUACAGCCUUUAUUGUGGAGACGGCCUGGGAGGGAUUCAGUGUGGCCCAGAAGCUCGAUAAGCUUGGUAUGCGCGGCAGUAGCACCUGUGAGCUGGUGUUCCAAGAUUUGAAAGUGCCAGCCAAAAAUAUUCUUGGCCAGGAAAACAAAGGAGUCUAUGUGCUGAUGUCUGGCCUGGACUACGAGCGUUUGGUACUGGCUGCAGGACCAGUGGGUCUUAUGCAAGCAGCCUGUGAUGUUGCCUUUGACUAUGCACAUCAGCGCAAGCAAAAGAACAAACUAAUUGGUGAAUUCCAGUUGCUUCAAGGAAAAAUGGCAGACAUGUACACCUUACUAAGCGCCUCCCGUAGCUACUUGUAUGCCGUGGCCAGAUCAUGCGAUAAUGGUGUGCGCAGUUCAAAGGAUUGUGCUGGUGUUAUUUUGUAUUGCGCCGAAAAUGCCACUAAAUUGGCCUUAGAUGCCAUUCAGAUACUCGGUGGUAAUGGCUAUAUUAACGAGAAUCCCACUGGUCGUUUGUUGCGUGAUGCAAAGCUCUACGAGAUUGGAGCUGGCACCUCUGAGAUAAGACGCUGGCUAAUUGGACGGCAAUUGAACCAGGAAUAUAAGUAGAAUGACAAUGGACAUGUUUAUAAAACCUUUCCGUUGAGAUGACAAACGCUGAUAGAUUCAGGACAAACCGAAACCAAACAGACUAAUUGUUGCAUUUAUAUAUUUUUAAAGAAUUUUAUUCAAGCGUACCUAAACAUUGUGCCUUUUUUGUAAAACAAACUGCAUGUAUAAUAAUUAAUUAAUAAAGAGCAAAAUGAUCAUA